AUGUCUUCUAGUAAAGAGCCCCAGAGCCAAGUCCCCGCUGGUAGCAAGGGAUCAUGGUCCAGUUUCCUCAAGUCGAUUGCCUCGUUCAACGGUGAUCUCUCAUCCCUCACAGCUCCACCCUUUAUUCUGUCAUCCACCUCCCUGACCGAGUACUCCGCCUACUGGGCCGAACACCCCGCCGUCUUUGUUGCUCCCGCCAAGGAGGCCGACCCCGAGAAGCGAGCCCUCCUCGUCCUCAAGUGGUUCCUCACUACCCUUCACCAGCAAUACUGCAGUCGUAGCGAGAAGCUAGGAAGUGAGAAGAAGCCUCUGAAUCCCUUCCUAGGUGAACUCUUCCUCGGCAAGUGGAACGGCGACUCGGACCUGGGGGAGACGCAGCUGUUCAGUGAGCAAGUCAGCCACCAUCCUCCUGCUACCGCCUAUGCGAUCACCAACAACAAGCAUGGGAUCGAGCUUCAAGGAUACAACGCCCAGAAGGCCUCUUUCUCGAGCACCAUUCAAGUAAAGCAACUCGGACACGCUCAGUACACCCUCACCCCGCCGGGAUCCAACGAGAAGGAGAAACAUGUGAUCACCCUGCCCAACCUGCACAUCGAAUCACUCAUCUACGGUACUCCCUUCGUGGAGCUGGAGAAGACCGCCAAGAUUGUCAGCAGCAGCGGCUAUGUCGCAAAGAUCGACUUCUCCGGCAAGGGCUGGCUGAGCGGCAAGAAGAACACCUUCACCGCGUCCUUGCACAAGGCGAGCGAGGGUGAGAAGAAGCCUCUCUACACCAUUGAUGGACAAUGGUCGAAUACCUUCACCAUCAAGGAUGCCCGCACCAAGGAGGUUAUUGAUAAGUGGGUCGUGAACGACAACAAAACCACCCCGCUCGAGCUGGCCCCUGUCGAAGAGCAGGACCUGUACGAGAGCCGACGUGCCUGGAAGGAGGUCGCCGAGAACAUCCAGGGCGGUAAUAUGGAUGCUGUCUCCGCCCACAAGUCCCGUAUCGAGAAUGCCCAGCGUGAGCUGCGCCGCGCUGAGCAGUCCGAAGGCCGUGAAUGGGAGCGCCGCUUCUUCAACCGUAUUGAAGAGCAGGACGACGAUCCUCUCUUCCAGAAGCUUGCGGCUGAGCUUGGCAUCUCUGGCAACCUUGAGGGUGAUAAGACCGGUGGUAUCUGGCGCUUUGAUGCCGCCAAGGCCGCCGAUGCCAAGGCCCCUUAUCACAAGAUCGGUGGCGAGGGACUCGGUAUCACCGAGUAA